GAUCAAGGGAAUAGCCCCUGUACCCUAAGAAUGGCCCCAUAAUAAAUAGUGAUUUUCUGCCAAUCAAAAUUCACAAAUUUCUUUAUCUGCGGCGACGAACCAGGAAGGGAAAUGUGUGUGUCGUCGACUGUGUCAACGGGAGAUAGAAAACAGGAAGAUGAUACUGCAGCACUUGGUGGCUCAUCCUGUCGCACUUAUUAAUGCCUCAUCCUGUAGCCCGUUCGUGUUAAGAGGGAAAUUAUAAACUUACUAUUAACGAUGUUAGCAGGAAAGCCCGCCGAGGGCGAUGAUGUGUAUUCCGAGCCGUACAGCCAACUGGCUCCUGUGCAGACUGAAACACAACCAUUCUCAACAAGUGGCUCACUUGAGCAGCCCAAAAGGAACUCUCAAACUCGUAAAGCUUAUCGUAAAGUAACAAAGAAUCGGUCCUCUGAGAACGCUGACAACCAAAACUUUUAUUCGGAGGCCAAAUGUUUACCUGACGACAUGGGGAACAGUUAUAGCGAACCUGUUGGGAUCUAUAACCCGAGUUCGGGAUCAGUGACUGCGGGGGAGUUUACACCUGUCAUUUCGGGGUUACCCGACCGUGACGUUACUCACGAACGUGAAGUGGUCUCGUAUGACUUGGCAGAGUCUUCAGAGCCAGUGCCAUCAAGACAACAGAUACAGUUAGGAGAUUACACAGAACCACCAGAUCGGAAAACAAGCGCUGUUGGAGGGAUCCGACGUCCAAAACCGGAGGAAUAUUCUGAUCCAUAUGAUACCGACAAACUACUGCAGGGUAAGUGCUUUCUGUACAUAUUAGUAUGCAUACAAAUGUACAUAAGAAACCUGACUUCAUCGACACCAGACUUUUUAAGUCCUCAUAGAGAUAUACAUAUACUGCGAAACCUGGCUUUACUGACACCCGACUUUUAA